AUGAUUUCUGCAACUAAGCUCAAAUCCGUUGAUUUUUACAGAAAAAUCCCGAGAGAUUUGACUGAGGCGUCGUUGUCGGGAGCGGGAUUAUCCAUAUUGGCAGCUCUCUUCAUGAUGUUUUUGUUUGGAAUGGAACUAAGUAAUUAUUUGACUGUUAGCACCUCCACAUCUGUGAUUGUUGACAAGAGUUCUGAUCAUGACUAUCUACGUAUCGAUUUCAAUAUCAGUUUUCCUGCACUCUCAUGUGAGUUUGCAUCAGUCGAUGUGAGUGAUGUGCUGGGAACAAACAGGCUCAAUAUAACAAAAACAGUUCGGAAGUUUUCUAUUGAUUCAAAUUUAAGACCCACUGGAUCUGAGUUUCAUUCAGGUACAGUUGCAAAUGCUGUAAAGCAUGAUGAUGAAGUAGAUGGAGAAUCUGUUGAAGGUUCAUUUUCACUCACAACACAUACUUUUGAUAAUUAUGUUCAUCAGUUCCCAAUUACAGUUGUAAAUUUUUAUGCACCUUGGUGUUCCUGGUGUCAACGUUUGAAACCUGCAUGGGAGAAAACAGCUAAAAUUAUGAAAGAGAGGUAUGACCCAGAAAUUGAUGGGCGCAUUAUUUUGGCAAAGGUGGAUUGCACUCUAGAGGCAGAUUUAUGCAGGAGGAAUCAUAUACAAGGGUAUCCAUCCAUUCGAAUCUUCCGUAAAGGAAGUGAUGUCAGAAGUGAACAUGGGCAUCAUGAACACGAGUCCUAUUAUGGAGAUCGUGAUACAGAAAGCCUUGUCCAGUUUAUGGAGGGUUUAGUUGCAUCUCUCCCAACAGCAUCUCAAAAGCCAGCUCUGGAAGAUAAAUCUAAUGCUACAGAUAAUGCAAAAAGGCCAGCACCAUCAGCGGGUGGAUGUAGAAUAGAGGGAUAUGUGCGAGUGAAAAAGGUUCCGGGAAAUUUGAUCAUCUCAGCUAGAUCUGACGCCCAUUCUUUUGAUGCUUCUCAAAUGAACAUGUCACAUGUCAUAAACAACUUGUUUUUUGGAAAGAAAGUGACGCCUAGGGCCAUGAGUGAUGUGAAGCUCUUGAUACCAUACUUAGGUAGCAGCCAUGAUAGGCUCGGUGGCCGGUCAUUCUUUAAUACUCGUGAUUUCGGAGCAAAUGUUACUAUAGAGCACUAUAUUCAGAUAGUUAAAACAGAGGUAGUGAAUAGAAAAGGUCAUAGAUUAAUCGAGGAGUACGAGUACACAGCGCACAGCAGUGUGGCUCACAGUGUUGACAUUCCUGUUGCGAAGUUUCAUCUUGAGCUCUCCCCAAUGCAGGUCUUAAUAACAGAAAACCAGAGGUCUUUUUCACAUUUUAUUACUAAUGUCUGUGCCAUUAUUGGAGGCGUUUUCACGGUAGCUGGAAUUUUGGACUCCAUUCUGCACAACACUAUCAGAAUGAUGAAAAAAGUUGAGCUUGGGAAAAAUUUUUGAUAGAUAGUGAAAUGGUCACUACAGGGAUAAGAAUUACGAGGUACGCAAUGCCUCCAACAUUUUCCUUCACCGAAUUCUUCUUUCUUUUAUGGCUGAGGAAAGAGUGUCUAUUAAUUUAUUAAAGAAAGAGUAGAGGGGGAAAAUUGGUAUUGAGUAGCAUGAUGACGAAUAAAUUUGAAUGCAAAUUUUGGUUUCUUUUUAGUUCUC